UUGCUUAAAGAGGACAUUGCGUCUCUCUGGGAUCGUGUCGUUGUUUUUGGAGAUUAAUCCCGGUUAUGGUUAUAACGACUGCGACGGCGCGACAGGUUCUUCUUUAGCGCUGCAGCAUUGAGUCAUAGCUGUCUUCAGUUUUUUUUAAGGUUGCCUACAAAGAUAUAGAGCUUCGAGAGGCUACCUGUUUAAUUAAGAUAAACAAAUCGUUUUUACUGUGUGUGCACUUUUUGUUGAUAUUUUAGCAGUUUUUUUUGUGCUGUUGUUGUUGUUUUUUAAGUAUAUCGAUUCCUCGUGGUGUCUGGUUGUUAUUCGCUGAUCGUAAGUAAACUCAAGGCAUUUUUAUUGAUUGACGGUAUUGAGCCUUAAUGAAGUCAUAUUUUGUGUCUAUCUCCUUCCGAUCUUGAUGUCCAUCGUCCUUGCAUAUGAAUGUGAUUAUAAGAAAAUCAAGUUUUGUUUCGACGAGUGACUCGGGGGUAUAGUGUGUUGCAUAUUGAUCAGGAGUAGUUUCCAAUAAGUUGUAUUCGAAAAAAAUAAACAUCUCAAUAAAAGUAUCUUUGAGAUUCAUAAAUUCAUUGUUUCCGGUAAUUGAAAAAAGGUACCUAGUCUAUCGGUUGACAGAAAAAUUUACCCUAACUCAAAUCAGGUAUCUUAUCCGUGAGAUAUCUUCUACCUGUUGUAGAUAUCUUUUAGUGCGAACAGGUGUAAUUGUUAUUAUUUGUGUUUCGCACGCUGAUAGUGCAUUUUUUGUUGUUGUUGUUGUUCCUUGGCGCAGACUAUUUUAGUGAGAAACAAACUUCUUGCGAACAUAAAAAUUAAGCUGAUUAGGAAAAAAAAAACAACACGACACGGGAACAGGGAACGUCAACGAUCAACGACUCUCGCUCGCCCAACCAACAAACGGACGUGCAUUUGUGAAUUCCUUCAUCCGAUAAUAAUAUUUUUUCAUAGAAACUUGAAUGGAAAUAAAAUAAAAAUAAAACUCAAACCUAAGCAAAAAACAAAUAAAAAGAAAUACCUACCUAUCUACCUAUCCCCACCUAUCUAUACUUUUUGACAGAAAAUUAUGGAUUUAUCAAUGAAAUUUUUUACAAUGAGAAACCUUAGGAUAGUUGUUGCAUGUCUGAUUCUAUUGAAUUCAUUGAUAACUGUACAGGCUAUUGAAGAUGACAUUGAGAGUAAUGCAACAUUAAUAAGUUUUGAUGAAAGUGCAACGUCACCUUCAACUUCUACAUCAACAACCACAACAACAACUACAACAACAACAUCUACACCAAAGAGUUCGGUUAAGUUUUUCCAAAAAAGCUCACCAAAGAAACGAAGAGUCGAAAUAGACUCAAUUCCAAUUGGCCAAGAUGCAGAAGAUUGGAAAUGUCCGAACAUUACAAGUUCCAGGAGUUUGGAAUGUGGCUGUGAUUUGCCACAUACUUUAAGAUGCAAUGGUGAUCUUCAUGGACUUUCGGUCCUAUCGGAGAGCCUUAGGGCAUCCCCAUAUCCCAUCUCGUUGCUUGAUUGUUCACUAAGGAAUGUGAGCUUUUUGAGUGAUGCUAAAAUUUUUGAAAACAUAUCCUUGCAUGGUUUGGUGAUAUCAUCUGGUGAAAUUAAAAGAGUCCACAAGUCAGCUUUUUUGGGCCUGAAGACACCACUUCAAGCUUUAGGUUUGCCAAGUAACGCUCUUCUUAGUGUUCCCUGGAACUCCAUUACCCAUUUGACAUCUUUGGAACGACUUGAUUUGUCAAAUAAUAAGAUAAAAGCUCUUGGAACUGCUGACUUUGCCAGCUUACAAAACCUCAUUUAUCUUGAAUUAAGCAAUAACCAAAUAUCCAGCAUUUCUGUAAGGUCUUUCACAAAUGCUAAAAGACUUGAAGUUUUAAAGCUUGGAGGCAAUCGGCUGGGAGAUUUUCCUUCGAGCUUGCGAUCGCUUAGUCAGUGUUAUAACCUUCGUCAAUUAGAUCUCAGUUCAAAUUCAAUAAAUGGACCACUAUCAGCGUCUACAAUACCGGCUCUUCGGAAUCUCGAGUCUCUCAACCUAGACAAAAACCUAAUCAAAAGCAUUCAGAAUAAAGCUUUACAAAAUUUCAGCCACUUAACUAGUCUGUCACUUCGACACAAUCAAAUUGAUGUUCUGCAAGAUCAUGCUUUUUACGGACUUGGGGCUCUAGAAAACUUAGACUUGAGUUAUAAUGGAAUUGUUGCUAUAUCAAGUUCUUCACUACAGCAUUUGGCCCGUUUAAAAGUUCUUGAUAUUACUCAUAACUUCUUGAGAGCUUUAACAUCGGAUUUGAUUGCACCACUGCCAUCUUUGAAUGAGCUACGUCUAUCAGGAAAUGAUAUAUCAAUUGUUGCUAAAAACGCAUUUGAUGGAGCUAAGGAAUUGAAGAGCUUAUCUCUUCAAGAGAAUCCACUUUCAUGUGAUUGUACAAUUCGACCAUUUGCUGAAUGGCUUCAAGUUGCCAAAUUACCAUCACAAGAUUUGAUUAGUCCAACUUGUGUUACCCCACCGAGAUUAGAGGGAGCUCCUUUGAUUCAGGUUCCAGUUGAGUCAUUGCACUGUGAUAUGGAUAAUAUUGAAAAGGAUAAUGCCAAUAUCUUAGAGCAACUUGAAGCUCUCUCAAGACAGAAUAACUCGACGAAUAUCAGGGAUCUAAGUGAGAAGAUAUCUUUAUUGGAACUUCAUUAUUCAGCUGAUUAUGGACUUAUUUUGCAAUGGAUUCUGAACCUCAGUCAAGAUGAUUACAUGUGCGAUGCAAUUUUCGUUUACAAAGAAGAAAAUAUCAACGAAAUUCUGAUUGAUAAAUCACCGAUCCAUUGUGAAAGCAAAAUCAUCAACGGUCAAAAUACAGUCAGCGUAAUAGUUCCUGAAAGUUCAAUCUUAGAAAUCGGUGAAAGCUAUCGUUUUUGUCUUGUCCUAGUGCAGGAAGACAAUCCAAAGUCCGAAGUCGUUAUUGGUUGUUCAAACAUUACCAAACUUCAAUUGAGCAAUCCAAAUUCGAAUUUCGAAAUUCGACCACCAACAACUUCACUCAAUCGAAGACCGAUCUACGCUUCUGAUAUAUCUAACUUUGAUCGAGUUUCAACACACAGUGAUGAGAUCAGUGGCAACGAUGACCAAAGUCCACUUUCUGCAGGGCGAAAAUAUUCGAGGUCCGAAUAUCCAAAUGGAGAAAAUGUUCGAGCUUAUAACUUUAUCGAUAGCUUGAACAAAAGCUUCCUGCCUGGACUUGGUCUUGGUAUCUUAGUCACAAGUAUAUUUGUCUUGAUCUGGGGUGCAACCCGGAUAAGAAGUAAUAGUCGUCCAAGUACUCCCACCGCAACAACAUGCUAUGCAGCUUCGGAAAGAAUUGCUCAUUUGGCAGAUCCAGAGCACGGAGCAAGGUAUUUGAAACUGCAAGCAACUACAAGUCUGUAGGGCUUUCAAAGUCUUGAAGACAGCAUUUUUUUGAGUUGAUCCUGUGAAUGGAUUUAAAACUCUUGUGAUAAUUCCAGUACCAAUGUGCCGUGUUCUGCAAAUGCGCAAAAAACAUAUAAAAUACAGUCGAAAGCAGAUGUUUCUCAAUUUUAAUGAGAAACAGAAAAAACAUGAGCUAGGAAGUCUACAAAUAAAAACAACCAAAUAUUCUGUUGUUGUUUCUUCCUCUGUACUUAAUAAUAGAUUAAUGUUUUGUUUUUAUUUU